AUGCCGAUAGUAUGGAAUGAGCCAAUUUCAUUUCUUCAACGUUUUGCAGAAAAUGUUCUUUAUUCAUAUUUACUUGAUCGAGCUGAUGAAUGUACCGAUCCAAUAAUGAGAAUGCAGUAUGUCGCAGCAUUUGCUGUAUCAUCAAUAUCAAGUAAUAUUGAUCGUUUAUCAAAACCAUUUAAUCCAUUACUUGGUGAAACAUAUGAAUUUGUUCAAGAUGAUUUACCAUUUCGUUAUAUGAGUGAACAAGUAAGUCAUCAUCCACCCGUUAGUGCAUUUACAUGUGAAUCAAAGGAUAAUGGUGAUCGAUGGCGAUUUUAUGGAAGUAUUUUACCUAAAGCAAGAUUUUCUGUUAAAAAUAUGGAAGUUAAUCCAAAAGGUUUAUUAACACUUGAACUUAAACGACAUAAAGAAACUUAUACAUGGGAAAGUGUAACAUGUACAAUUCAUAAUAUUGUUGUUGGACGACUUUGGUUUGAAUAUCAUGGUACUAUGGAAAUAAUUAAUCAUUCCAAUAAAAUAAAAGCUAUUUUAAAUUUUAAACCAUAUUCAUGGUCAUCAAAAGAAUUACAUAAAGUUGAAGGUUAUAUUUAUGAUUCACAAAAACGUAAAGUACGUGGUUUAUAUGGUUAUUGGACAGAUUCAUUAUAUUCCAUUGAUAUUGAUCGUUUUGAAGUAUUUUUAAAACAACAAAAAAAAGAAAUAAAAAAUUCAUCGAAAUAUCCUCAACAACAACAACAACAACAGCAAGUAGUGAAUUCAUCAACAGCAACUAAUAAUGAUAUUGAUAAUACGGAUUUAGAUGAAGAAUUACCUGAAGUUGAUCCAUCACAUGAACAACUUAAUCUUCCACCAAAUUCACUUACACUUUGGAGAAUUAUGCCAAAAUUAGACUAUGCAACACAAUAUUAUAAUUUUUCAUUGUUUACUAUGGCACUUAAUCAAUGGACAGAAGAAGAUAAAAAAACACGACCACCAUUACCACCAAGUGAUUCACGAUUUCGUCCAGAUAUUCGUAAAAUGGAAGAAGGUGAUAUUGAUUCAGCUGGACAAGAAAAAGAUCGUCUUGAAGAAAAACAACGUUCUACAAGACGUGCAAUGGAAAAACGUCGAGAAGAAUGGCAACCGAGAUGGUUUCGUCUUAUCAAACAUCCAGUAACAGGACAAGAUGUAUGGGUAUCAAAUGAAAAAUAUUGGCAUCGAAACUGGGUCAAUUGUCCAGAUAUCUACUAG